UGUGAGUGUAUUAUUUUUUUUUUUUUGGGUUUCUCUCAGCUCAGCUGAAGCAGUCAGUCAGAUUAUUGACUGCUCACACACACACUCCCGCUGCUGGCUCGGUUUCACGUUUGUUUUUCAAUAUCUGGCGCACGUUUUGUGGCUCUUCCUGAUGCUCAGCUCCCGUCAGGUUGAGCGUGCGUCCGACCCGGCGGUGGCGGCGGCGGCCAUGGAGCUGAAGCCGUGUGUGGAGUACCACGACCUGGAGGCGGCUGAGGCGCUCGUCAGCAUGAGCUUCUGGGGUCAAAGUUCGCACAAGCCCCGCCCCCUGACCCCCACCUCUGACUCCUGUGACUCCAUCCAUCUCCACCCAGAGGGGGGGGACCUCAUCGCUCUGUCCUCCCUGUGUAUGACUCCACCUCACAGUCCCAGCUUCGCCGAAGCCAUCGCCACGUCCAUCGCCACGUCCAUCGCCACGUCCAUCGCCACGUCCAUUGCCACGUCUUCGUCCUCCGCGGCCCUAAUCCCGGCGCCGUCCAGGCCCGUCUUACCGGGGCCUGCCCCCCCCCUCCUCCUCGGGGACUCCUACACCUGCCUGCCUCCAGCCUCCUCUUCCUCAGAGACAUCAGCACCUCCAGCCAAGACAGAGUCAUCGUGCGUGGCUCCGCCCGGCAGAUCGAUGGUCACCAGCGUUAUACGCCACACCGGCGAUCGCCUCGCCGUUCCUCCGCUGCCACCGCCACGCGGCGCCACGCGGCCGACCGAAAUCUCCACCCCUCCACGGACGCUUCCAGAGGAUACGGGCACCAUUCCUCUGUCUCCACACAGCCCGUUCUCUGCUCACUCCUCGCCGCUGUCUUCCUCGCCCCCACCGCUGGCUUCCUCGUCCUCUUCCUCGCCCUCGCCGCUGUCCUCCUCUUCCUCGCCAGUUCUCUGCCAGGUGUUCCCGGUCAGCGGCCGGACGGGCAUGAUCUCGGCCUUCCUACAGGCGCCUCUUCAGAUGCAGACCCACGGCCAGCCCCUGCUGGUGGGCUCCGCCGUGCCGCAGGGCACCGUGAUGUUCGUGGUCCCGCAAGCAUCCGUGUCGCAGGCGCCGCAGGGCCAACAGACCGUCGUAACCCUGGGCAACACCAAGCUCCUCCCCCUGGCCCCGGCCCCUUGCUUCAUGCCGACGUCGGCGGCCGGCAGUGGUAGCGGCGGAGCCUUGCAGGCCGACUUCUCCCGCAGACGCAACUACGUCUGCAACUUCGCCGGCUGCAAGAAGACGUACUUCAAGAGCUCGCACCUGAAGGCUCAUCUACGCACACACACAGGCGAGAAGCCGUUCAGCUGUCACUGGGACGGCUGCGACAAAAAGUUUGCCCGCUCCGACGAGCUUUCCCGCCACCGCCGGACGCACACCGGCGAGAAGAAGUUUGUCUGCACCGUGUGCGACCGGCGCUUCAUGCGCAGCGACCACCUGACCAAACACGCCCGGCGGCACAUGACCACCAAGAGGUCAGCGGUGUCGUGGCCCACCGAGACCCGAGACGCCAACACAUCGGCGCCGCCCACGGGCCAAAACAGAGGCACCGCCGCGCUUCCUGUCGGCAUGCUGGUCUCCAGCGCCAAGUGACAUCAUCAUCAUCAUCAUCAUCUGGAGCCGUGACAUCAUCUGGAGCCGUGACGUCAUCCUGAGCCUCGCGGGGCCAACUCAGGGGGGGGAGGGGGGGGGUCGACCUGGCGCCAACCACAUGGGAUGGGCUGCGUUCAAACUCGUGUUUAGGCUGCGUUCAAAACCAUGUUUGGGCUGUGUUCAAAACCAUGUUUGGGCUGCGUUCAAAACCAUGUUUGGGCUGCGUUCAAAUAACAGUUUAGGCUGCGUUUAAACUCGUGUUUGGGCUGCGUUUUUUAGACCCAUGGUGACUCGCCAAUCAGACGGCGAUGGGUCAAACUGUGACCGGUUGUUUUUAAUCAGCUCCACAUCUGGAGCAUCUUUUCUACCAAUCAGACUCUUCUGCUGGC